AUGUCUUUCCGAGUCGUUGUUCCACCACCUUCGUUUCUCCCAAGAAAGGAUAGUAAUAAAAUAAGAAGCUCAUCACCAAACAAAGUUUCGACGGUUCUUACAAACCUCCAACGGCGCAAUGUGCAAACCCUUAAAGUUGAUUCUCAAGCAGCCUUGUCUAUUUUUCAAAUGGCUGCCCAGGGCGAACUCUUACAACUUCAGUCUAAAUUGGAGACACCUGGUGUCGAUGUAGAUGAACGAGACGGCUUCUCCCCACUCUUAUGGGCCUGCGCAAACGGUCAAAAAUCGGCAGUGGAACUUCUUCUUUUUCACGGUGCAAAUCCCUUUAUAAAAGGGGUGAACGGUGAGAGCGCUCUCUUGCUUUCAGCAUGCCGAGGACAUUACGACGUGGUUCAGUACCUCCUACGCGCGGGACUCCCUGUAAACACAUCUGACGAGUUGAACAAUACCGCCCUAAUGUUUGCAGCUUUCCACAAUCACGUAGCCAUAGUCUCCUUGCUCCUAGAUUGGGGAGCCGAUGUGACUGCAACUAAUGGCGACGGCUGGGAUGCGUUGCAGUUGGCGAUCCGACGAGGUGCGCGGUCAAGCCAGCGUGUCAUCGAGAAGCACUUGGUAUCCCUUUUACAGCAAAGUUUUUUAAGGUUUACAAGGCGGAUGGGUCUUAGGAAGCUGAUCUUUGCACAAGCCACCACAAAAAAUUAA